ACGCUUUUCGUUUGACGGAUUCGGCUUUUAAGAAAUUAUAAACAUAGGUAGAAAAUGUUAAAUUUUUUAAAUAAAACCAAGAGUAUUUUAAUACCAAAUUUACGAAACACUCUGACGCGUGCCACCCACGAUGCGGUCAAGGAGUCAACAGAAGUUAUAGUGCCAACAACUGCGGCUGCACCACCACUUAUACUGCCGCAGGACUGGUCGCAAUAUGAACCAAUGAAUCGUGCGGUAGCGCGACAAGUUUGGAUCGAAAAUAUUAAUGCAGUGCCGGAAAGUAAAGUAGGUAUUAUCGAAUUGCACCCGGACGUGUUUGCAACACAGCCCCGCGUUGAUGUCAUACAAGAAAAUAUAGAAUGGCAGCGUAAAUAUCGUUAUGUAAGUUUUGCUCAUACCAAAACACGCGCGGAAGUGCGUGGUGGUGGAAGAAAACCAUGGCCACAAAAGGGAAUGGGUCGUGCUCGACAUGGCUCCAUAAGAUCGCCGCUAUUUCGUGGUGGUGGCGUUGCGCACGGACCACGUUCACCCACCACACAUUUCUACAUGCUACCCUUUUACAAGCGUGUAAUGGGUUUAACUGCAACGCUCAGUGUAAAGCUUGCACAAGACGAUCUACAUGUCAUUGAUAGCGUUGAUAUGCCCACACGCGAUCCACAGUUUAUUAAAGAUUUGAUAAAAGAACGCAAUUGGGGACCAUCUGUGCUAAUUGUGGACAGAGAUGAUAUUUUUCCGGAGAAUAUUUGUUAUGCCACUGAUGCGCUGGGUUAUGUGAAUUUAAUGCCGUCGUAUGGUCUCAAUACAUACUCCAUGCUUAAACACGACACUUUAGUACUAACUGUUAAUGCGGUGAAACAUAUCGAGGAGCGUUUACUGUAUCAACUUCAUCGAACCGAUGCAACGAAGAAAGAAGCCAAAUUCAAAUUGGAUCAAGUUUAAAACAUUUGUUUGCUAUUUUUCUUGGUCUUGUUGGAUUUAUUUGUUUUCUUUAAGAAAGCCUCGUCGCUAUCCAAGUAAUUCAAAACGUUGUAUAAAUCUAAAAUAUUCAAAUGCAAAAUAACCAAAACGCAUUUAUGCAUAGAAUAAACAAAUGAAAAUGUUAGAAAUAA